GAGUUACGAAGCCUAGUCGUGACGUCACGUCGCCAAAACGGACAGACGCUGCAGUCAUGGCGGAAGUGAGAGUGUUUCCUCUGACCUGUGCCGUGCAAAAUUAUGCAUGGGGGAAGAUUGGGCUGAGCAGCGAGGUGGCCAAACUGGUGGUUAGUGGAGACCCACUAGCUGUCAUAGAGGAUGGCAAGCCCUAUGCAGAGCUGUGGAUGGGUGCUCACCCAAAGGGUGAUGCCCAGAUUAAAGAUAACAGGAUCACACAGACCACGCUGGGCCAGUGGAUCGCCCACUUUCCUGCUUGCCUGGGCUCCAAGGUCAAAGACACCUUCCAGGGUCAGCUGCCCUUCCUUUUCAAAGUCCUUUCCGUCAAUACGGCUUUGUCCAUACAGGCCCACCCCAACAGGGACUUAGCUGCUCGUCUCCAUGCUCAGUUUCCAGAGCACUAUCCAGACAACAACCACAAGCCGGAGAUGGCCAUUGCACUCACCCGCUUCCAGGGUCUCUGUGGCUUCAGACCAGUGGAAGAGAUCCUGGGAUUCCUUAAAUGUGUCCCAGAGUUCCAUGCUCUGGUGGGAAACGAAGCAGCAGAAGAGCUGCGAUGCAGUGUGGGAGAUGUGGUCCGUACAAGCCAGGUGCUGAAGAAGUGCUUCACGAGGAUGAUGAAUUGUGAGAAGAAGGUGUUUGUAGACCAGCUCAACAUGUUGGUGAAGAGAGUCACUGAAGAGGGUGCAGCAGGGAAGGACACAUCGAGCAGCAACGGUGACCUUCUGCUCCGUCUCCAUUCCCAGUAUCCCGGAGACAUUGGCUGCUUCUCCAUCUACUUCCUCAACCAAGUGGUCCUGGAUCCAGGCCAGGCCAUGUUCCUGGGGGCCAAUGAGCCUCACGCUUACCUUUAUGGAGACUGUAUCGAGUGUAUGGCCUGCUCAGACAACACGGUGAGAGCCGGUCUCACACCAAAAUACAUCGAUGUUAACACGCUGUGUGAAAUGCUGAACUACAGUCCUGCCCCCGCCAGCUCCAAACUCUUCCCAUGUGUCCAGGACGCUUCAGACCCUUGUGUGUCCCUGUACGACCCCCCAGUGCCAGACUUCACCGUCAUGAGGAUACAGGUCCCAGCCUUGGUGAAGCAGUACACUGUGGCUCCAGUUGACAGCGCUAGCAUCCUCCUGAUCAUCGAAGGGGAUGCCACAGCAACCUCCGCCGCGGCACUCUCUGACAUCACACUGAGGCGGGGCACAGUCCUGUUUGUCUCAGCCAAUGAGAGCAUCUCCCUGCACAUCAUCUCUCAGUCAGGAAUGACCAUAUUUCGAGCCUGCUGCCUCCUGUGAGUCUGUUGCUGGCUGAAAACUCGUACUACCUGUUUGUUCCCUCUCUGGUUUGACUCAGCAAGGUCACUACAUUAUUGAUUGAGCCCAAUGGCUGACGUGCACUUUUUAGUAGGUAGUAUGCUGAAGGAGCUUUGAGACACAGGGUGUCGAUGCCUAUCCGUGCCUGCUGCCCAGACCAACCCAAAAUUAACCUUCCGACUGCUGUGUCACCUCUUUAUACCAGCAGCAGUGUUCUUCAGCUUUAAAAUCCAGCAGUAACCCAAAGCUGCUGGAUUUUAUUUGGUUUGGCUUUUUUUCCCCCCUGCCUGUAAUGGUGCAAGUACAAUUUCCCAUCCUUUCCAGGAAAAGGGAAGAAUGUACCCAUCCCAAAUUCUUGGUCAAUGCUGCACACAAUACUAGUGGCCAGUUUGUUAGAUACAUCUAGCUAAAUCUAAUGCAGUCUAAUCAAACAGUCCUGCACUACUGUUCCAGAGAGGUGUUGAUUCAACUGUAUAGUCAUUAUACAGACAGAUGUUUCCGUUAUGACCCGGACCCUACCUCUUGCCCAAUGUCAGAUGGGAUUGGCUCCAGCCUCCCAGCAACUCUAUUCAGGAAUAAGUGGUAUAGAUAAUGGAUGGAUGAAUGGAUGUUUGUUAUUCAGCCUAGCCUCAUUACUAUAAAUGGACUGGACAAAAUAAGAGAAACACCUGUCAGUAUAACAGCAGCACAAACUGCAGCCUGAUGAUCGUACAGUAUAAUCAACGACUCUUUAAAACAGAUUCAACAAAAACUGAUCGUCACCUUCCUGAAGGACUGUUGUAUUGGACUGCUGUAGCUUUAGCUCAGUGCACCUGAUGAACUGUCAACACUGUCUGCAACACCGAACAGCAGCAUAUAUAAAUAAAAUAAGUGCACAUAACACUGGAUCACCCUCAUUGUGUUACUUAUGAUGAAGGUCAAGUAAUGAAAAUGUAUUCUUGACCUUGGAAACCACAGUCAUCAAAACAGUGUCCUAAAGAUUAUUUAGUAGCUGAGCUGACAAUUUUAAAUUUGAAGACGUAGAAUUUCACAAUACAGGGGAAAAAAAUAAGAUCACAGGAUAUAAUGGAAAGAACCAGAACAUCCACUAAAUUAAUCUAGUAGUGGAGAUGUUUUUAAAAAAAGAUUUUUUCUUGAUAACUGACCAAGCUCAGCAUCUGAUAAAGGCCAUGAAUGUGUGUUUUCUUACUAGGAGCUGUUCAGUGCUGUGGACAUUCUUACUUUUCAUUCUAAGUAUAACUGUAGAGUCUUAUUUUUCAGUCUGAAAUAAAGAUGGCACAGACUAACAGCAACUUAUUCAAACAGCAGGGUGGGGGAUAUGUUUACACUGGUGCAGUACAGCUCCAGUACUACGGUGCUGAGGACUGAGCAUGUCUGUUUAAUAAGCCAGCAGUCGUCUUCCCCCAGGGUCACUGGUGCAACUACCUGUUUUAUCAUUUUAACUUUAGCUUCAACGACACCUUUGGGAAAAAUCCACUGUUAGUAUAUCAACAGUUGAGAGUAUAUAGUUAAUGCUGAGAUGCCUGUGCAUGUUUGAUUUAGAGUAGUAAUACUGGGGAGGGACUUCUUGACUGUGAUAAUGUGACAGCAGUUGAAUCUGAAUGAGUUUACUGCCUUUAAACUGUUACCAGUGCAUGUUUAGGAUGUGGAAACUUCUCAUCAAAGUAGUGAAUGAUUAAAACAGAAGCAAGCAAGACGGGCCACUGCCUAGAUCCAUCCCAUGAAGCAUGACUACAUGGGAAUCAGGAAUGCAUAGUGAUUAAAACUCCUACUCCUAUAUAAUUACCUCUGGCAAAUGUUUUUUUCAUGACAUAACUCAAAAAAUUAUGACUGGAUUUUGAUUAAAUCACACAGAACUAUCAGAUGUUGGUGGUGAUCCAGGUUUUUUUAAAAUUUUUUUUAAUUCUUCACCAUUGUGAGGUAGGACCAGUUUCAACAGUUUUGCUUCCAAUUCCAUACAUAACGCCUACAAUUCUUGGACAACAGUCGUGAGACAACAUCCCCACAAGAUCUACCGCACACCAAAAUACGACCCAGAUCCAAGUAAUAUUCCAGAUCUGCUGAUCCAGAAUGUUCCCAUUUAUAGAGCGCACAGAAAACGAAUAAUGCUACAGACGUGCAACUGAGAUCAAAUUCUAGCUGAAACACUGCUGAUUCAGUAAAGCGUCAACAGAUUUGACGUAUCGUCAAAAGUUACUGAACUAGAUACUGAAGAAAACCGCCAUUACUGAAAUAUUGUUUUCCUUUAAUAACAUUCAAACUGAUAUCAACGUUGGUUCCAAAUACCAGGGGUAGGUUUUCAUGGUCUAGGUGUCAUAUGAGGGUCAAACUAUCAUGGGAAUUUUACUUUUGGGUGUAGUGGCAUUAUGGGGAAACUGGGCAGCCUUGGUGGAGGUUUGCUCUCUGAGUGCUGUCUAGUUAAAAUGCUGCUUGUUGCACACUUGCAUAACAUGAAUGAAGGCUGAUAACUUCUCCACAUCUUAUACAGUACUACAAUAAAAUGCUGCAUUCAGUUUUAUAGUAUUAUAGGAAUAAACAUGUCUGUAUUUGAAACCAAA